GCGAUAUUUGGAAACGUGAUCACAAUUCUUUGAGCGUUUACACAGUCACACACGUGCAUUGAACUCUCUCUAAUCAGAGCUGGGGUGAUUGUCACAUAGCAGUCAAAAUGGCUAUGGCUGCAGAAGUACCACAAGCUAUUUGUCGUUAUUAUUCUACGACUGGAGGAUGUCGUUUUGGUGAUCGAUGUUGGUUCCGACAUGAGGAAGGAGAAAAUGUAGGCCUACCUACAAAUCCAGGCUCAACCAGAAUGUGUCGUUUUUUCAUGUCACCUAAAGGAUGUCGUUUUGGUGAUUCAUGUCAUUUUCGUCAUAUUACUCCAGAAACAGACGGCCAUGACAUGCAGAGGCUAUCUGAGCUAUUUAGUGGUGUGAUGUUGAUAGAGCAUGCUGUUACUGAUAUUAAUAAUAACGAUGAUGAUGAAAAAACAGAUGGAGAAGAUGAAGACAAGAUAGAGGUUGAGGAGGAGGAGGAAGAGGGAGAGAUGGAAGAAAAAGGAGAAAUAAAAACAGUUGUUUGUGGUGAGUGUAACGAAGUAAUCAAGAGUUGUAAUGUAGAGAAAGCUUUAACUAAACAUUACAUGACUAUGUUUCAACAAUUUGAUAAACCACACACCCAGUUCAUCAGUCUAGAUUGGAGAUUUUAUCGAGAGGUCAUGUGUGAUACUUGCUUUAUUUUCUUCGAUAAUUCCCUGUCCAUGUUUCGACACAUCGCAGAUAAAUCUAAACUUAAGAAACGAGAUGGUCCUGAACACCGAGAAGAUCUUCGUGGUAUUGUUGAUACAUUUGUUAGGCGAGAUAUGGGUGUAGAAACUGAAGUUCCUUUUCAAGAAAUAUUGAUGACACUUUUAACAGAAGAUAAUAUAGAGGAAGAGGAAGGAGACUUUAAUCCUGAGGACCAUGAAUAUUUUGGUGUACCUUUAAGACAGACGAGCACAUUAGAGAAAGCGAGAGAAUUGACGAAACAGAACUCACUGGACGAGGAGCGGAUGGAGAAUUUUGGUUUUACAAAUGAAGAAGUGAUGGAGCUACUGUGUCAGGGAAUUAAGCCGUGGGAUGAUGAGGCCUACGAUGCUCUUGAAGUUUUAUAUAGUUAGUUUAUUAUCGCAGGAUACCCCGCUUGUACAUGACAAGCGGUGAAAUGAGGAUUUCGUAUAAUUUAACCUUCAAGCACAAUAGAUUUAUAGCUUUCAUAAGUUUUAUGUAGUUAGUUUACUAUCACUGUAUUCCCCGCUUGUACGUGAAAAGCCGUGAAAUGAGGAUUUCAUAUAAUUUAACCUUCAAGCACAAUAGAUUUCAUAAGUUUUAUAUGAAUAGUUUAUUAUCGCUGGAUACCCCGCUUGUACGUGACAAGUGGUGAAAUGAGGAUUUCGUAUAAUUUAACCUUCAAGCACAAUAGCUUUCAUAAGUUUUAUACAAAUAGUUUAUUAUCAGUUGGAUGGCUUAGUGGUUAGCACGUGCGCGCUGUAUCAUUAAGUCUGUCAUUGAGUCAACUGGCGUGGUUUUGAAUCCCCGGUUGUACGUGACAAGGAGUAGGGUCGCCUGUCCAACCUCGUGGGUAUUCUCCGGGUCCUCCGGUUUCCUCCCACUGCUAAAGAACCCAACGCACAAGUGAAUCAUUUAGAUAAAACAGAACCGUAUGUUAGUCCUGAAAUGACCUAGUUUGUGUCGAAUGGACUUUACACUCCAUUUCUGUCUCCCUCUUAAAUAUUAUUGCAUGCCAUGAAAUUAGGAUCUGAUAUCAUUUGACCUUCAAACAAAAUAAAUUUAUAAUAAACUAUAACAAAUACUUAUGGAAAAACAGCUAGGCCUGCUAAUUUAAAGAAAGAAAGAUAUCUUGCUUAGAGAAAGUAAACAAAAUGGGGACUGGCUGGGAAUAUUGUGAAGUGAAUGCCCUGGGUUAAUGUAGUAUUGUUAUUGAUUCUCCUUACUUAGUCAUGUAUAUUCGUCCAAUCAGAAUGGAGCUUAUUUAGUGCAGUAUAUUUGACCAAUCAAUAUGGAGAUUUGUUAUUUUGUGAAGUAUAUCCGUCCAAUCAGAAUGAAGAUUAUAUAGUGAAGUAUAUCCGUCCUUUCAGAAUAAAGAUUUGUUAUUCAGAAUGUAUAGAAUGUUAAUAAGUUAAACUUUUCAUUAGUGUUCAUUUAUUGGCCAAAGUUUUGAAUAAUUUUGUUUAAAAACAACUUUGGCAAGAAUUCUGUGCAAUACUCAAGUCUUGUCUUCUUGCGUGAUUAAGGCAGUUUACAGUUGUUAGAAAUUAAUGAAUUUUCUGGACAUGAAUAUCAACAAGAAUUAAAAGUUAUAAAAACGCAAACUGAUCGUUCCAUAUUUAAAAAAAUAGAAAGUAGUUAAUUCUGUAACUAAGAGAAUUUUGUAAUUAAGAGUUAUUGCCCUUAGUAAAGUUAUUUAGAGUUAUCUUCCUUUUGUAAGUGCUGUUUACUUAGUAAUGCGGGGAAUGAUUCUGUGAUGUUCCAGUUGGUAUUUGAUAUUGCCCAGUUGGUGAUAGGGAUGCGAAUUAACUACUGAUCUUUCAGUCUUUCUGGUUAUCAAAUUGGUGCUAUUGUAUUAUUUGUGGUAUUAUCUAUUGGUAUUUCAGUGUUUCGUAGAAUUAAUGUAAAACCUACUCAUAAAAGUUUUAUGCUUAACAUAAUUCUUAAUUUGAUGGCUUCCUCUCGAGGGGGGUGGUUGGCCUUGAGAGGAAUAAAGUGCUGGGGUGAGACCUUUUUUGCCCCCCAAAGUUUCCAACACUAGUCACAUCUAGAUGAUUAACUAGCAGAUGGCGCUAAAGCAAAAAAUUCUGUACAUAUUUAUAUAAGCUUUACAGGAACAAUAACAAAAAUAAGUAAGCAUAGUUGUCCAAAUCAAUUUUAAACUUUGAUAUUCGUGGCCCCUGGGGGCGGAGCACUGGCUGCACUCUCCUCUCUAAACAAAAACUCACCCAUUCAGUUUCAUGCACUCAAAAACUGUUUGAGGUACAUGUACCAUGAUUAUUCUGUUUUGUAUUUAUACCAUUCGUAAUAAUUAUGGUAUUACAUGUACACAGCCACCAUUUGUAAUAACAAGCUUAUUGAAUUGUUUACGGUACUAUGGUUGUUUUUUUCUUUAUUUUUGUAAUAAUUAUGGUGUUACAUGUACAGAAUAAGUCAGAUACAAAUGAUUUUUGUGUAAAAUGUUUGUCUUAUAUUUGUUCUAUUAUUAUUGUUUUUUGGCUAUGACCUUGUUUAAUUGUUAGAAUAGGAAGAGUUAAAAUGUUAUUUAUGUUAGAUAUAUUCGCUAUGUGCUUAAAAAUAAUAUAUAUGUUAAUAGAAAUUAAUAUGUACUGUUAAAAAAUAUUCCAUGUCAAGCGGUUCAAUUUUGUAGUACUAUAGGACUUCUUCUUCUUGUGUUUAUUUUCUGGUGAUCUUUAACAAGACUACAGCAUAAAAUAGUUUUAUAACUUUAUUGCUAAGCUGUAAUGGAUUUGCAGGUUCCUCGUUCUCAAUAAUAAUGGCUGCUAGGAAUUUCUGGGUGAGCUCUAAUCCAGUUCGCCUCUACACCCUAAUUUAUACCCCCUAAUUUCUGCAGGUCUUCGAUAACCUUGACGUUUAUUUCCAUCCCAUAUAUGGAAUAAACUUCUUUAUUUCCCACAACUAAAGGAGGAGACAUUACCUUAUUUGGUCUACCAACCAUAGGUCAAUUAACAGCCAGAAUUUGAUGGAUAUUUUGACAAUGAUUUUGAUUUAACCAAAAUAUCACUGUUUUUUUUAUGUAUAACUAUAUAAUCUUGUUCAUUAAGUACGUGAGACUUGACUCUAUAGACAGAGUGAAGAAACAAUUUUACAAAGAACUAAAAUUGUCUCAAGGACCAAAGUGUUACAUUUUUCAGAAAUAUGGGAAAUUGACCCCCUCAAGAAAAUCUGGUAAAAAUAUACGUUGUUGAACAUGCCAUAACUAGAUUUUUUCAUGGGGUCGAUUUCCCACCCCUGGCCCAUUUGACAUGGAAUGACCCCGCCGUUACCCUGUCUGUCCAUCCGUGGUCCACAAUUGCUUGUGAAGACUCAACAGAUUACAUUUAUGAUUCGAUUGUUUUGAAAUUGAUAUGUUGUUUGCAUCAGUGAGAUGAAGAAUCCUAUUGAAUUUACAUAAUUUCCGUUUUUUCUUCUGGAGUUAUGGCCCUUAUCCACUUUGUUGAACCUUGUGAAUGCUCUAACCACAAAAGUUAUCAUCUGAUCUGUAUGAAAUUGAUAAUGCAUCAUUUAAAUUGAUGACAGAAGAAUCUAUUGAAUUCCAGCCAUUUCUGUUAAUUAGGUCUAGAGUUAUGGCACUUGUUUCACUUCUUCAACCAUGUGAACACUCUAACAACAAAAGUUACAAUGGCAUUUUUAUGCAACGAAGAAUCUGUUAAUUUCUUCUGGAGUUAUAGCCCUUGUUUCAGUUUGUUGAACUUUAUGAACACUUGAAUGACGAAAGUUAUCAUCUGAUCUGUAUGAAAUUUAUACACAUAGUUUAAAUUUGUAAAACGAAGAAUCUUUUUGAAUUUCAGCAAUUUCCAAUAAUUACUUGUAGAGUUAUGGCCCUUGUUUCACUUUGUUGAACCUGUCCAAUGAUGAAAGUUAUGACCCGGUCUAUAUGAAAUAUAUAUGCAUUAUUUGAAUAAGUACAACGAAAACGCCUGCCGAAUUACUUACAUGGUUAAGGCCCCUGUUUCAAUUUGUAGAAAUGGUGAACCCUCAAAUGACAAAAAUUAUAUUCUGAUCUGUUUAAAAUUGUCUUGUAAAUGUCCACAAUUAUAUACAAAAGAAUAAAUGUUGGAAAAACCUUGGGUGUAUGUUUCUUUUUCUGGCAACCCAUCUUUUUCUGUGGUUUUUGUUUAUUGAUAAUUGUCUAGUUUAUUGUAUAAUUUGUCUACAUGUCACUUUUCUCUUUGUUCCUUAUUUAUUGUGAUGUGAUUUGAAAUGUUUUUUUUUUAUGUUUAAACUUGGGUUACGUUCUCACCUUUGAUGUGUAGGCUUAUUUAUUACGUCUUUUUAUGAAUUUUUCUUUUUGAAUAUAUUUUGUCACUUUAUGGAAAAGAAUUGAUUUUUCGAAUAUUUGUUUUUCUCCUCAAUAACAACUUCAUUUAUAUUGACAUUAAGAUAAUUUACUGUUUUCAUUUAACUUCAUAAAAGAGGAAAUUUGUUAUUUUCAAUAAAAAAUAUUUAUUUA